AUGGCUCACAAAACAUCCCCAACCCUCUCCUCGCAGCCCAGCCUCCAUCCAGGACUGGCCCCUCCCAAACCUCGCCCACUUUCUGAUCCUCUCCAGGUAAGCGAUUAUGUGUCCCCAUACGUCUCCGGCGAAUCACUGGAAGAUGUUAUCCUGGACGCGGAUGACAUCCAAGAGGUUUUCAGUCUGUUGGCCGGCAGUGACCCUGUAAACUGCUCUUACCCUCAGGGGUAUGUGAACAGAAAAGCUGUGUUUGCCUGUAGCACUUGCACUCCCAGGUUCGCUAAACCUGCUGGGAUUUGCCCUGGUUAUGCCUGCGCAGAAAAAUGCCACAAUGGACAUGAUAUCUACGAGCUGUACACUAAAAGAAAUUUUUGCUGCGACUGUGGAAAUGACAAGUUCGGAGAUUUCCAGUGCAAGUUAUUUCCUGUUAAAGACAGUCAAAACGUUAAAAACCUGUACAGUCACAACUCCCAUGGUACAUACUGCUUGUGCGAUCGGCCCUAUCCAGACACGGAUGAUAAUUUGACACCUUUGGUUAAUGAUGAGAUGAUUCAAUGCAUCAUCUGUGAGGACUGGUUUCAUACCAGGCACCUGGGCUGCCCAGUGGUGGACUCCGAGGAACUCCAAGAAAUGGUUUGUGAGGCUUGCAUGAAUAAAGCUCCAUUCUUAUGGACUUAUGCUGCUCACAUUGCAGCACCACCAUUAAUCAAGGCAAGUCCUUGUGGAGAGGAAGUGGAGCUCACUGUUGAUAAAGACAAAAAGAAGUGUGAUCCAUGUGAGAAUGUACCCGAAGGGUCCACCAGCAGCCUCGGCUGUCAGAGUGAGCAAAAGGAGGCUGCACACAGCAGUUACCCUCGCAAACGGAGUCACCAGGAAGUGACGGACGAGCCUGUGAAGGCCAAGGCUGUAGCAUGCAGGCUGAGGGAGCUGCAGGCCCAGGGCCCUGUAAGGCCAAGAGAGGGAGCUGUGUUCUGGCCUUACAACUGGCGCUCUCAAAUCUGCACCUGUGUCAGCUGCAAGAGGGCCUAUGUGGAGGUGGGAGUGCAGUUUCUGCUGGAUGAGUCGGACACUGUUCUGGCCUAUGAGAACAGAGGCAUUAUGAAGCCGUUUGGUAACGACCUGCUGACGUCAUUCCUGAGCUCAAUUAACCGUGUGGAGCAGCUGGAGAUGAUUUACUAUUACAAUGGACUGAAAACAAGGCUGGAAUCAAUCUUACAGGACUCUGCCAACGAUGGAUAGGUGGUCCCUGUGGAAGCCAUAUAGGAGUUCCUCUCUAGUCUGCCAAGGAAAAGGAGUCCAAAAAAUGCCAGGUAUGGGAGAGAAGGCUCCUACCAUCCUUGUGUAUGGAUCAUGAUAUUAAAACUGAAUGUGUAACUUCCUUUUUUUACUGCUAAAUUUAAGAGGGAUGUUGGAACAUUUGCUACAAGUAUGAUUUUUGACAACGUGAAUGUUAAGAGCCAUAGGAACCAAUUUCACAUUGUGGGAUUUGAUUUCCAGGCACCAUUUGUCAUGUCUGGUGUAUUUUUUCUUGUCUCUAAUGGUGGCCUUUUGAAGCCCUUGAUGUCACUCCCUUGAAAUUUUGAUUGAUUUUACUUGGCUCAGCUGCCUU